AUGCAGGACCUGCCCCUCCCGCGCCCCGCAUGCGUGGCCCUGCAGAACGAGGACCAGGAGGAGGACGCGGUGGUCAUCACGGCGCUGACCGUCGUGCCCUUCUGCUGCCACGCGGACCUGCUCACCAUGGACCGCCUCGAGCUCGCGCUCGUCGCGCACACGCUCAACGCGAAGCUGCCGCGCGCCCUGCAGAUCGACAUCAGGCCGACGCGCCCGGACGCGUACAUCCGCAACGAGAUCGAGCGCCUCGUC